GCAUUCCGUCGUCGAGAGUCCAUGAGUGUGGUUGCGCAUUGCACAGUGUCACUGUAGACCGAAUGCGGCCGAGUUAUUUCAUUGCCUAUUGACGAGAGACAACCAUGAUUUAUGCGGAGUUUGGGGAACGCGGCGACCGGCAGCCGGCGGUGGAAGAGGAUGAGCAACCGCGGGUUUUUCAGAUACGCGGGCACCUGGUGCACGGCAUACCGCGAGUCGGAGACUCAAACUACGACCCAGCGUGUCCCACGUGUAACCCGGGCUCGAUCAACGACCUGGGCACACCGACCGCGRACGUGGUAACGACGUCUUCGCCGCCAGCAGCCAUGGCCACCGCGGUAGCGCUCCCGGGCCCUAUCCCGGCGACCGACGACUACGAUUAUUAUAACGGACAGCAACAGGGCAUCGGCUCGCCGGCUUUAAUGCGUCCAUACGGGAAUAUAGUGGCUGUCGGUGCGUUGCUCACGACGAUGACGUCCUGUUACUUCAUCUUAAUGCAAAUGUUACUCGAUGAACGUAUCAAAGAAGGCUCGGCGCCUGACACACAAACAAUUAUGUCAGCCAAUCAAUUUUUCCUGUCCUUUGGUUCAAUACUUUUUUCWUAUGGUGGAGCUGCAUCAUUCCCAGUUAUACAUUUUCAAAUGUUUAAACAGGACGAGUUUUCACGCAGCGUGGUAACUUCAUUUAUCAUUUUAACUAUUCUGUUUGGGUCGAUUGUUGUUGGAGGAUACAUCGUAUACGGUCAUACAAUUAAUCCCAACAUUCUCAUGUCCCUUGGUGAUUCAUGGCUAUCGUACGCAGCGAUUGUUUUGAUGGCGGGACAUUUAAUUUUAGGAUUCAUCAUCAUGGUUAAACCAGUGUCUGAACAAGUGGAGUCGUUCCUUAACACACCACUGCGCACUUUCGGUUUUCAACGUAUCGUCGUCCGCGUAUGCCUAUUACUUGUCAUGAUAGGUUUGGGUGAGAGUGUACCCAACUUCACUAACUUAGUGGCUCUGAUCGGAUGUUCAACUGUUAUACUGGCCACCUUUGUACUACCGUCWAUAUUCUACUUGAGGUUGUGUUCCAUGCAAAGCGCUACUUGGCCUGACAGGAGUCUAUCAUGGAAAUCCAAAUUGUACAUGUAUACAAUUAUUAUUGUUGGACUUACCAGUGGUUUAGUAGCUAUGGCUACAGCUCUUUCUGAAUUAAUCGACCUACGAUCUCUCUUUCCUCAUUAUUAUUAUUACUACUAUGAUUUAAAUAAUACUUAUAGCUAAUUAGUGGUAAGCAUCAAUAGCACAGAUAUAGAAGUUAAAUACAUUUACUAUUAUGUUAGGUAAACACAUUGUUUUAUUUAUGC